ACAACAUGGCGAAAUUGAUUGCCAAAUCGUUUGCUACAACGCGAUCCAUAUCAACCUCCACUCAUCUCUCUCAAAGACUUAAUCAAACAGAAAAUGAGAUAGUUAACAUGUUUCGGUUGCCUAAUGCAUCCGACCAAACGCACAGCUUUCCCAUGAGUAGAAAUAUGCCUAGGAAGGACCCUUCAGUGAGGACAUUGGAUGACAGGUUCACAAAGAUUUUGAAAAUUUUCAAGUGGGGACCCGAUGCCGAAAAGGCCUUGGAAGUGCUCAAGCUGAGAGUGGAUCAUAGGUUGGUUCUUGCUGUUCUCAAGAUUGAUGUCGAGGCAGUUGUUAAGGUUAAGUUUUUCAAGUGGGCUAGCAAGAGAAGGAAUUUUCAGCAUAACUCAACCACGUAUAUGGCGUUGAUCCGUUGCUUGGAUGAGGCCGGUAUGGUUGGGGAAAUGUGGAAAACCAUUCAAGAGAUGGUUCGUAGUGUACGUGUUAUUGAUCCAGCUGAGUUGUCUGAGAUUAUGAGAAUCUUGGGAAGGGCUAAGAUGGUUGACAAGGCAGUGUCUGUCUUCUACCAAAUCAAAGGCCACAAGUGCUUGCCAACAGCUCAUAGUUACAACUCAUUGAUCUUAAUGCUGAUGCAAGAAGGUCAUCAGGAAAAGGUCCAUGAGCUCUAUAAUGAGAUGUGUAACGAGAGUAACUGUUCCCCGGACACAGUGACAUACAGUGCACUAAUAUCUGCAUUUGGAAAAUUGGGCCGUGAUGAUUCUGCAAUUAGGUUGUUUGAUGAGAUGAAGGAUAAUGGUUUACAUCCAACUGCAAAGAUUUAUACUACCCUAUUGGCGAUCUUUUUCAAGUUGGGCAAGGUUGAGAAAGCUUUGAGUCUAGUUCAGGAGAUGAAAGAGAAUGGGUGUCCGCCUACUGUUUAUACAUACACUGAAUUGAUAAAGGGGCUAGGGAAGGCUGGGAGGGUUGAAGAUGCUUAUGCCAUAUACAAAAACAUGCUGAAGGAGGGUUGUAAGCCUGAUGUUGUGCUCAUGAACAAUCUGAUAAACAUUUUGGGAAAGGAAGGUCGCAUAGAAACUGCUAUUAAACUUUUCGAUGAGAUGGACAUUUUGCGUUGCACGCCUAACGUGGUGACUUAUAACACGAUAAUUAAAGCUUUAUUUGAUUCCAAAGCUCCAGCUGUGGUUGCAGCUUCAUGGUUUGAGAAGAUGAAAGUGAAUGGUGUUAUUCCGAGCUCUUUUACCUAUUCAAUUAUGAUAGAUGGGUUUUGUAAAACAAAUAGAGUUGAGAAAGCUUUGUUGCUUCUUGAAGAGAUGGAUGAAAAGGGGUUUCCUCCUUGUCCAGCUGCGUACUGCAGCCUGAUCAACAGUCUUGGAAAAGCAAAGCGGUAUGAAGCUGCAAAUGAGUUAUUUCAAGAAUUGAAAGAAAACUGUGGACGUGCAAGUGCUAGAGUAUAUGCCGUGAUGAUUAAACAUUUAGGAAAAUGUGGGCGUCUAGAUGAAGCUCUGGAUCUUUUUCACGAGAUGAAGAAACUUGGAUGCAAUCCAGACAUAUAUACAUAUAAUGCACUCAUGUCAGGGAUGGUUAGAGCUGGUAUGAUAGAUGAAGCAUUUACCUUGCUUAAAACCAUGGGAGAAAGAGGCUGUGUUGCAGACAUAAACUCACAGAACAUUAUUUUAAAUGGCUUGGCUAGGGCAGGUGGCCCAACGAGGGCGUUAGAAAUGUUUUCAAAGAUGAAGCAUUCCAAGAUUCAACCAGAUGCGGUUUCUUAUAACACUAUUCUUGGUUGUCUCAGUCGAGCUGGGUUGCUAGAAGAGGCUGCAAAGCUGAUGAAAGAGAUGACUUCAAAAGGUUUUCAAUAUGAUCUCAUCACAUACUCAUCAAUACUUGAGGCAGUUGGCAAGGUUGAUGAAGUUCAUACGACUUCCUUAAAGGGAUCUGGGAAUAUUGAUGGUUCCAUUGGUUGACUCUGCAACUUAACACAUACGCCCGUCCCCAUUUUAAGUAUUUAUUAACUACUUGGCUGUAUAAGGCACUUCCUUUCAACUCGCCUUGGGAGCUCUGUGGAUGCAGAGCCUCAG